AUGACCAACAUAGCGGAUUCGGCAUCUGAAACAGAGACUGCCGAGAUAUCUCCAGUUAAAACAUGCGAAAUUAUCGCUAACAAUAACCCGGCAGUUACUGAAUCGACCCCGUUGAAACAUCGCAGUUGGUCGUACAAUACUUUUACCAACGAUAUGAAAGGGGUUAAAGCGGACAUAACAGUUAUGCAAAAACAAAUAACAUCUAUAAACAAUGUUAUUAACUCUACCAAUGCGAUUAUAGAAUCUAUUAGUAAGGUUUUGGACUCUACCGAAAACCGUCAAAUAUCGUACGACACCAGAAUGGAGACCUUGCUUAAGGAGUUUUCCAUAAUUUUAGACGAGAAAAACAGCGAUAAACGAGCGAGAUAUCACUAUCAAACAGCUUCAAGCGAAUUUGUCAGAAAUUGAAAAUGAAAGAAACUCAUUAAAUCUUAAGAAUUCACCAACAAAGCAUGUUGACAAUAAAAGUAAGACUGCAUCGCCGCCAAUGCAGCCCUUGAUGUGUCAAAUGAAUAAUAUUGAGGAUUUAAUCAACCUGUCUAAAAUUAACGAUCUAUGUGACAUUGAAACUGAUGUCUUGGGCGAUGCAUCCAAAUCUGAUGAUAUGCUUCUAAGUCCAAAUAAUUCUACUAUAAAGGAACUUGAGGCCUUUAUUGACAAGUCUUUCUAUAGCGCCUCUGUCGAGCUAUCUAAUCCUGUCCGACAGCCGACGGACUUCUAUACACAAAAACCAGGUUCGAAUUCAAAAGAAAGUGCCGUGAAUACAUGCAAAUCGAAAAAAGAACACUAUCUGGAGGCUAAUUUAAGUAAAACCUCCAUUUUGUCAGAGAACAGUAUGGUUAGUCGCGAACAAGCUCUCCCCGUUUUUAUGCAGGCUGAAAUAAACAAUGAAAUUCCUCAAAGCGUGUCCCCACCAGAAAAUGAUAACGCUACAUCAGAUUUGGAAAACAAUAAAUCAGAAACACAAAGCAUCGAUCAAUUCAAGCCAACAACAAUAACCGAAGCUAUCCCAGUGGAACCAAUUAUGCUGGGUAAUGUAAAAUCUGACUUGCAAAUUAUUUAUCCAAGCGAUAAUAAUGUCAAUGAUCCUUUGGCGUCUGCUCCCAAUUUGGUUAACUGUGAUCUACACGUAAGUUUAGACAAAGCAGAUGACAGUGUAAUAAAUGAGGCUAGUCCAGUGGAUCGAGCAAAAUCGUUAGGUAAUUUAUGCAACAAUUAUUGUAUGCGAACUGAUACGUAUAUUGAAGAAAUAGCAAGGCCCAGUAAUACAAGAACUGUGGACACAAGUAAAGUAGAGCAAGUCAUGAAACCCCGGCAAUCCAAUGCAUGGUUAAAUUUUUUGCCCUUUAUUGAAGUUCCUUACAAAUCACUUUCAAGAAAGAAAAGUGACCCG